AGCCGCCAAACUCUCCUUAUAAAUGGCUCUGGAGCAUGGCGGGUUGCAGAUAUUGUGCAAAAGGCGACGAAUGGAGAGACGAAGGGCGGCACUGAACUGGUCAAUGAUUCUUUUGGUCGUCAGUGUCGUUAGUGAAUGAGUCCCGGGCGUGCCAGGCUGUUCCGCUUUCGCUGGUUCCGUCCUGGCAGAACCGCCGUUAGCUCUGGCGAUAAAAGUUAUUUUUGAUGCGUUUCACACAGUGCGCAUUCUUGUUUCAUUCCUUCGUUAUUUCAGAUAAUCCUCACAAUGGUGGGCUUACGCAUCGUCUUGCUACUUGCAGUUGUUACGUACUUGGAAGGAGUUAAUGUCCCUAUACGAUUCAUCCCUGAAACGUCAAGCGGGUUAUUCGGCAACAAUAAUUAUGCACCAAGUCAAGAGAGACUUGUCCUCAGAACAAACCCAGAAAACUUCUCAGGGCCUUCACAGCUACAGCGUUUGGUGGGAAAAUGUUUUAACUACACAACAACAGAUUACCGCUACAGCCUUUGCCCUUUCCAAAACAUUACUCAGGUGGAGGAAUCUUUCCGGUGGAAUGCCUACAAAGGAGUUUUAGGUGUGUGGCAAGGCUGGAAAAUUGUCAACAACACCUUUGCAGCCAUGGUGUACUCCAAAGGAGACCUUUGUGGCAAAAAGGAACGUCUUGUUGAGGUGACAUUAGCCUGUGGACAAGACACUUGGUUGACCAAUGUCACAGAGCCAGAGCAAUGUAUCUAUCGAGCCAUACUUGUCACCAGGUUGGUCUGCCAUCGUGACGCCCUUCUCGUCUAUCCGAGAAUGUUGAGGGAACAUCGACAACGUUGGGACAUCAUUGAAACGAACCUCUCUAAAGGGGCACUUACAGAAAAGGGCUAUAACGAACAACUCGAAAAUCUUUUCGUGGAAGCAGGAUUUGCAAAGGCAGCAGAAAAAGAAAGCACAACGACCCACGCGACAUCGCAGUUUACCGACAUUGCAGCUUGUAACGCCGGCUUUUUCCAACUUGAGCAAGAACUUGAGCACUUGAGGGAGAGAAUAGCUAGCCACCAGAGCAACACAUCGUUGCUUUGCCAAGCGCUGAGGAAAAAAGGGAGCCCGAUGCAGAGCCAGCAUGCUACAUACAAGGCUCUGGAAUCUGUGGUUUCAUUGCUUGCCAGCACAAAAACCGGCAAAGCAAUUGUGUGAGAGCAAAGCUUGUCUCAUAUCAGUGGCUGUACUAUUACUAUGACCAUUGCUAUUUAUCUUGCAUUUUCUUGGCCUUCAAGAAGGGCUGGUGCAAAACAUCAU